ACUGGGAGAAAUGAAAGUGAAAUUAAGAUCAACAACGGAGAUGGCUGCCAGUAAACACAUCUUAACCCUGUCCGAGGAUUUAACCUGCUCCAUCUGCCUGGCUCUGUUUGUGGAGCCGGUGCGGCUGGACUGUGAUCACAACUUCUGUAAAUCCUGUAUCCAGAAGUGUUGGGGAAAGCAGAGUCAGGCUGUGUCCUGCCCGGAAUGUCGAGUAGUUUUCCUCCAGGGAAGUUUCACUAGCAACAGGGUGUUGGCUAAUCUCUGUGAGAAAACUCGACAGCUGGAUCUGAAGCCGGACCGAGAGGCGGUGGGGUCUCACUGUGAGGAACAUGACGAGAAGCUGAAGCUCUUCUGUGAGGACGAUCUGUCCCUGAUCUGUGUCAUUUGUAGAGAUUCACCCGCACAUUCGGAGCACAGCUUCCUGCCUGUUGGGGAUGCGGUGAAAAAGUACAAGAACAAGCUGAAAUCAUCCUUGGGUUCCAUUGAGGAAGUCGUGAAACAGGGAAGUGACUUAACACAGCUACAGGAGAGAAAGAUUGCAGAACUGGAUGAAUUCACUAGAACCCUGGAGGAAGACAUCUCCACACAAUUUGCCAAAAUCCAUCGAUAUCUUGAAGACAAAGAAAAACAUUUGAUCAGAGAGCUGAGGAGACAAAAGGAGGAAGAUCUGCGACAAAUGGAGGAGAACCUGAAAAUAAUUGAAAGGGCUCUGAUGAUUUUUGACACUGCAUCAAACCUCUGUGUAGACAAUGAGCAGCAGGACAAUAUCUCUUUUCUCAAGGAACUGAAAGAAGUUACUGAAAAGGUCUACGGCCUUGCUUCAAGGUACCCGGAUAAAGAGGAGGAAGAGGAAGGUGGUGCAGAGGCAGAUGAAGAUGAGGAAAUACUGGAGUUUCAAAGACGGAAGUACCCAGGAUUUCCAGGCCCGCUAUUCUACCCAAUGUGGAAGGAAAUGAAACAGGUCAUGUUUCCAGUUUCAUCCUCAUUGACCCUGGACCCAAACACAGCUCAUCCUGACCUCAUCCUGUCUGAAGACUUGACCAGUGUGAAAAGCAGUGACAGAAGAAACCCGAUGCGUCCUGAUAAUCCGAAGAGAUUUGAUGUGUGUCUUUGUGUCCUGGGGUCACAGGGAUUCACAUCAGGGAAACAUUACUGGGAGGUGGAGGUCGGAGACAAGACUGACUGGGACGUGGGUGUGGCCAGAGAGUCAGCUAAUAGGAAGGGUGGGCUAAAACUGGCUCCUGAAGAUGGUUACUGGGCUUUGUGGUUGAGAAAAGGGAAUGAAUAUAAAGCUAUCGAUUCAGUCACCCUGACCCCGAGUGUAAACCCCAGGACCAUCGGUGUUUACCUGGACUAUGAGGGAGGACAGGUGACCUUUUACAAUGCUGAUGAUAUGUCCAUUCUCCACACUCUCACUGGCACAUUCACUGAGCAACUCUUUCCUUAUUUCUAUCCUGGAUUGUACAACGAUGGUAAAAAUGCUGCUCCUCUUAAACUGCGUCAUUUUGAAAAGUAGAUUCCUAAACUUGUAUCAGAACAUGAAAGGAAAUGGGGUCAAUAUUACCCCCAACCCCUCCCCCAUGAGGGGAGGGAGAGAAUCAGGACAUGGGG